AUGAAGCCCAGGGGCCCAACCAGGCCUGACUCCCCCAUCGACGUCCGAGUGCCCUUUUCUGGACUCCAGGCUACCAAAAUCUUCCUAGAGACCCAUGGCAUCAGGUACGAGACCAUGAUUGAGGACGUGCAGUCGCUGCUGGAUCAGGAGCAGGAGCAGAUGUUUGCCUUCCGGUCCCUGUUCACCUCCACCGAGUCCUUUAACUACGCCACCUACCACACCCUGCAGGAGAUCUAUGACUUUAUGGAUAUACUGGUCGCUGAGAACCCCCAGCUUGUCAGCAAGAUCAAGAUCGGUGAUACCUAUGAAAGUCGUCCUAUUUAUGUGCUGAAGUUUAGUACAGGAGGGAACAAUCGUCCGGCCAUCUGGAUUGACACGGGCAUCCAUUCCCGGGAGUGGGUCACCCAAGCCAGCGGAGUCUGGUUUGCCAAGAAGAUCACACAAGACUAUGGCCAUGAUGAAGUUUUAACUUCUGUUCUUAACACCAUGGACAUCUUCCUGGAGAUUGUCACCAACCCUGAUGGUUUUGCUUACACCCAGAGCACGAACCGCCUGUGGCGCAAGACCCGGUCCCACGGUACAGGCUCUAUCUGUGUUGGGGUGGACCCCAACAGGAACUGGGACGCCGGCUUUGGGUUGACUGGAGCCAGCAGCAACCCCUGCUCAGAGACUUACCACGGCAGUUUUGCCAAUUCUGAAGUGGAAGUCAAAUCCAUUGUGGACUUUGUGAAGAACCAUGGGAACAUCAAGGCCUUCAUCUCCAUCCACAGCUACUCCCAGCUCCUCCUCUAUCCCUACGGCUAUAAAGAAGAACCAGCCUCCGACCAGAAAGAGCUGGAUCAGCUAGCCCAGUCUGCUGUGACGGCCCUGGCCUCUCUGUACGGGACCAAAUACAAGUAUGGCAGCAUCAUCAAAGCAAUUUAUCAAGCCAGUGGAAGCAGCAUCGACUGGGCCUACAACCAGGGCAUCAAGUACUCCUUCACCUUUGAGCUCCGCGACACUGGGCGCUAUGGCUUCCUCUUGCCGGCCUCCCAGAUUGUCCCCACGGCCCAGGAGACGUGGCUGGGACUUCGGGUCAUCAUGGACUACACCCACAGGAACCCUUACUGA